CCUCUACUCAGCCUGAAUCCUCUACUCAGCCUGAUGCCUGUACUCAGCCUGAUGCCUCCUGAUGCCUCUACCCAGCAUGAUGAACUGAUCCAGCCUGACGAUCCUAUUAGGCCAGUUGACUCGAUGCCCGCUGUUGAUCCAGAUGAUCCGGUGCCCGCUGUCGUGCCAAUUGACUCAGAGCCCGCUGUCGUACCUGGUGACUCGGUGCCCACUGCCUUGCCAGAUGACGCGGUGCCCGCUGGCGAGCCAAAUGACCUGAUGCCUGGUGACCCAGUGCCCGCUGUCAUACCUGGUGACCCGAUGCUCGCUGUCGAGCCAAAUGACUUGAUGCCUGGUGACCCGAUGCCCGCUGUCCAGCCAGACGAUCCAAUGUCUGACCCAGUGCCAGCGGUCAUGCCAGUUGACUCGGAGCCCACUGUCGUGCCUGGUGACUCGGUGCCCGCCGCUCCGCCUGGGGGCCCGAGACCUGUCGCUCCGCCUGGGGGUCCGGCGCCCGCCGCUCCGCCUGGGGGUCCGGCGCCCGCCGCCCCACCUGGGGGCCUGAGACCUGUCGCUCCGCCUGAGGGCCCGAGACCUGUCGCUCCACCUGGGGGUGCGGCGCCCGCCGCUCCGCCUGAGGGCCCG